ACGAAAGCGCUCUUCAUUUUUCCAUUCCUUCUCCACGAAGGAAGGGCUCGUCUCCUCCUCCUUAUAUCCUCUUCCCCUCCCCCCAAAACCCUAACCCUAACGCUAACCCUUGUAACCUACCUCUUCUUCUUCGCCAUGGAUGGGGCCGUGGUUGAAGCUUUGAAGGAAGAUGACGUCUUGCUUGCCGAUUUCGACGUCGAACACCUCUUGGCCGGGUUUUCCGAUGACCUCGACGCAUCCGACCUCUGGGCCCCGAUCUGCGCCCCUCCUCCGCCGGAGUGCGAGUCGGCGAACUCCACAACGUCCGAUCCGAGCCCCGCGGGUGGUGGCGACUCUCCCCCGAGCUCGAUCUCGAUCUCGCCCUACGUGAGCGAGAUCGAGAGGUUCCUCUUGGAGGAGGAGGAGGGGGAGGGGGAGGGGGAGGAGGAUGGAGAGGGCUUCGACGACGCGUUUCUCGCGGGGUUCUUCGCCGACGCGUCGGACGACGUGGGCAGCGAGGGUGCCGCCGCGGGGGAGGAGAACGUCGAGGAGAGCGCCGGCUCCGGAGAUGAGAAGAGGGGGAGCGCCGAUGUGGUUGAUGUGGAGGGCGACGAUCCGAUCAGCAAGAAGAGGAGAAGGCAAAUGAGGAAUAGGGACUCGGCCAUGAAAUCAAGGGAGAGGAAGAAGAUGUAUGUGAAGGAGCUGGAGAUAAAGACAAGGUACCUGGAAUCGGAGUGCCGUCGCCUCAGCUACGCGCUCCAGUGCUGCACGGCGGAGAACAUGGCGCUCCGCCAUCGCUUGCACGCUGAAGGGCCGCUCGGUGCUCACGUCGCCGUACAGGAGUCUGCCGUACUCUUCGUGGAAUCCCUGCUGCUGGGUUCCCUGUAUUGGCUCGUGAGCAUCGUGUGCCUCUUCCUAACGCCCGCCCUUCCCGGCCCGAAGGAUCCAAGGACUCCAGGAAGUCCAGGAAGAGAUCUUUCGCAGGAAGCGGCGGUGGCCGGAAAAAUAUCAAAUGAGAAACUAGGGUUCAACUUAGGAUCCGAAUUGGUUCUCAUGAGAAGGCGGUGCAGGUCUUUGAAGAGGAGGAUGAAGUUCUCUUCCCUGUUUCCGCUCCGUCCAAUCUCUUUCCAUCUAGUCUAGUAUUUGUUACAUAGAGACUGAGACUUGUGGUAGCUAUUUUCAGUGACUUGGUCUUUGAUCUUAUUACAUUUUGCUGUUAAAGCUUUUUGAGUUUGGUGUAUCAGUUUAGACUCCGCAUGUUCGCUGUUCAUAGUAGUCAAUAAUGUGAUAUUCUCAAUUCAAGUCUUUUUGUUUGGUGAAUUAUGAAAGUCUUGAUUGGAAGUAGAUGAGCAUCGGUUUGUCUUUUA